UUAAAAAAAAUAAUACAAAUAUAAAAAUAUGACAAAACACAAGUAGAAAAAACUAUUUCAUUAAAAAAUAGUUGAUAAAAUAAAAUAUGUUUAUGAAAUUGUUAUUUGCAUGCCUUUAAAAUAUUUCAGACAACUGCAAAGUUUUCAAGGGUUAAAUUUGUAUUUUUGUUUCCACUAAAAAUUUAUUUAUACAGUCACUUUUAAUUGAAUUCGCAAACAUAAAUAAACAUUUCUACAGCAUACUUGUAAUAAGCAUUAACAUUUGAUCUUUGAAUGAGUAAAUGUAAAGUUAGGCAAAGUUGACAAAGAUUGAAAAUUUUUGUUUGAUUCAAAUCUUGACGUGACUUUAUUGAUUAGAUUAUUUCUAGUGCAUGAGUUUAAUAUAUAAUAUUUAAUUAACAUAUAUUAAUUAUUAAUAGGCAACAGAAUCGCAUCUAAAAGAAACUGAUUCUGAAGCAGCCGAUGAGUCACAUUAAAAGUAUUAUAUUUAUGAGAAUCAAAGAAGUAGUUAAUGGAAGAGUACGUUUGAAGAACAUGAGGAAUAAUAGGAAUAAAUUUUUAUUUGUACAUUCUUCGAAAGAACUAUUUUUCAUUAUUAUAAAUCAAUUUUUUUAAAUGAAAAAAAAAUAUAUUACGUUAUAUCUGGCGCCCAUUUUUUGUCUAGAAAAUUAAGACAAAUUUAAAGUUAUGAAUAAUAGUGAAUGAUAAUUUUCGAAUUGAAAAAAGUUUUUGUUAAAUUCUGGCGCCCAUUUUUUGUCUAGAAAAUAUAGACAAAAAAAUUUGUCAUAGGAAAAAGUGAAGUUAGUGAGAAAGGAGCAUUAAUCAUUGUAACGAGUUUUCCUUUUUCUUGUGGAAUUCUCCACUGCUCGCUACAAAAAUGGCGGAUACGAAUGUGUGAAAAUUGAACAGUAGAUUCCACUCUUUGAAUCCACUGUUCGACCAUCGGUGAUCCGUUUAGAGGUUAUCCUCAGCGCCAGGUAGGUGAAUUACCCGGAUCCCGAUGAAUCACGGAAAGAGGCAACAACUCCCGGGCUAGCUCUAGAAUACUAGGCUUUAUUGGUUCUAUAUGAAUGCGAACCGUAUCUCAAGGAUGUCUUUAAACUAGGAUCCUUAUUCAGGAACUGAGAGAGAAUUUUGUUCCUUCUAAUAAAAAAAAUAACUAAAUAUAAACGAAAGUAAACUUCUUGUUCCACCAAAUUAGACAAAGUAAAAAAGAAAUUGUUUUGAUAGUUCUCAGUGGGUUCUCUUCAAACCAAAAACAAAUCUUCCGCCUGGGUAUUUAAAAGGAAUAAAACUACUUAAGAACUUAACAAACACAAAAAAAAACUGUAAGAAAAUAAUUGCAACCGCGAAAUAAACUGACACAGCCGUCUUCGGACGGCUGUGUCUGCUAAUUCCGAUCGAUAAUGAAGAAGGCGACGUUCCUCUUCGAGGCGUCUAGCUUCCGCUUCGGCAGCCAUUUCCUCUCGUACUCUUGUUAAGUACUGCUGUCUGGCCUGGUACGCUUCUUUGGCGAUGGAUGUCGACGAAUAUUAAACACCGUAAAGCGUUCACAGAUUCAGAAAAUGUCGGAAUUAUCUGGAAUGUACUAUUUAUUGUCACGAAAAACGUACAAAAAUAUGACAUUGUUAAACAUUAAAAGUAAUAGCUGGGAUUUUGGCACGCUAAUGAAUAACAUCGAGAUUCUAGAUAACUUUAAGAAGAUGACUAAUGACAAUAUUUCACUUGAUAAUCCUAUUAGCUUAUUUAACAGAAAAAGGUUUCGUGUUGAAGUUAAUGAUGUUGGAAGAAACGCGGAUAAACCGACUUAUUUCUUGAUUGAUGAGAUAACUGGGAUUUCGCAACGCUUAAAUAUCAUGAUGAAAUUUCAGGUAUAUACUCCUAAGACCGGACAAGAUAGAGUCAAACAAACGAAGAGCUUCAAAGUUGAGUAUGAUGACGUGGAAAGUGUUCGAAUAAAACGAAGUUCUCAACGUCCAAUUACAGCGUUUAACUCUGAACUAGAUGAAUUAUCGGAACGAAGUAGAGCGAGUAGUGCCCGAACAGAUAACUCUAAACUAUCUAAGGAACAAGAUUCGAUUGAAAUCGAGACGAUGUGUAACGUUCAGAUAAAUGCCAAAGUGAUUGAAAGAUAUCGUCUUAUUUGUCUCGAGAUAUUAGAAAUUAAACAGAUUAAAGAAAUUGGCGAGUUGUGUCGAGUGCUGACGAUAGAUGGAUUGUUUGAUUGGAUAGAAAAGUCGAAAACGUUUCAACACAAUUGGAAAGAGUUUUGCACGUACUGCCCACCCCAAUUGUUGGUAAAGUUUAAGGAACUCUUCAAAAAGCAUGAAGUUCAAAUUUUCAAGACGUAUGGUGACGAAAGAAUAUCCUCAUUAUUUAGCGUGGUAUUGUUUAGUGAAGUUGAAAGCAACUGGCCCCUUGAAUUGCUUCCUCGUCUGUCGGUUUGUCCGUGAUGACCAAGGAUGAGUUUCGCACCGCCUUAUGGUGUAAUUUUUGGUGCUUAUUAUAAAUAAGCGAACAGAUGUGUGAAACUCUCUCUCAUCUCAUACAAUAUCUCUUUAUCUUAUAAACUCAACAUUUCUCUUUUCCUUCUUAUGACUCGAUACAAUGAAAAUUAAAUAGUAAAAAAAGAAAGCGUUGAGUUCAGGUCUGGCCACCGCCUGUAAUUUUUCUUUGUUUCUCAGUUAUAAUUUAAACAGAAUUAAAUCGAUUGAUUCACCAUAAAUAUCUCGUUUCGGCGAAACCCGUACAAGUCGCUUAUACGUGCAAAAUCAUAUUUUCCACGUUAUAUCAUCUAUAAUUUUAUUAAUUUUAUAGAUUGUAACGCUGUAGAUUUUACAUCUCUCAAAUUCCUCGACCGUGAUGUGGACGUGAAGCCCCCUUUUUAUUACUAAUAAUAUUGUUAAACUAUGAAAGGGGUAAUUAUAAAUAAUGUAAAUAAAGAAUACACACUUAAUGUCAAAAUACUAUAUUUUGACUGUCAAAGAGUUCGAGAGCGCAUCCUAGCAACAAUGUUAAUUAAGAAUAAUUUCUGCCUUAUUUUAUUGUUUUUGUUUAAGCUCGUUGGACGCAGCUUUCAAUAGCGCGAGUCUAACCAAUCACUAAUAAGUCCUUAGUCUCGGAGUGAAAAGGACUCGGAACACAACUUGAGGGCGUUUAAGUCAGAUGAGCAACGUAAAAACAAGGAACAAUAUUCCUUGCAACAAAUGAUUAUAUUUGUUAUUUAUUUUAUUUAUUUUGCACUACUCCGAAGCUCAAAGAAAGGCCAGUCCAAGAUUAGUUGCUGUUUCGUGAAUAAUAUUAGAUCGACGCCUAAGGUGGCUGCAACCCGUCUUACAUAGGUUGAUUAGAAUUAGAUUUUAUCGACAGGAUUACAGCCACUCAAAAUUGUAUCCAACGAGUUGUAACGAACGAGCUGCCGCUAGGCGCUCGUUCUUCACGUUUUAGACAUCACGGUAGAUGGUCGUUAUAAUUGUCAAAAAGAAAGGAAAAUUACAAAUAUAAAGAGGAAAUAUAUAAUUGAUAUUAAAGUCCAAAUUGGAAAUUAAGUUGAAACAAUGCGAACUCGGGUUGAUUUCACAAGGUAUUGGGCUCCUCCUCGAUUAGUUCUGCGCAGGAAUAAUUAUUUUGUGUAUAAGAAAAAUUUAAUGAAGUAGAAUAAGGAGACAUAAUGUGUAGUUUUUGUUAAAAAAAAUUAAUAAUAAAUUUUUUUUUUGUUUUUUUGUAAAGUGAUAUUUUAUAUAAAAAAAUAUUCAAUACUUUAAUAGUAUAAAGUGAGGUAGAAAUAAAUUAGUUCUAUUUUUAUUAUAAUUUAUCUUGUAUUCAUUCCCCCUCCUUUUUGAAGAGGAAUAAAGACCAACAAAGGUAUUAUAUUUUGUAAGUAUAUCAAUUGUUUAAUGUUUUAAUAGUAAUUUAAUUUUAUAUACGUAUAUUGAUUAGAUUAUUUUUUUAGGGAAUAGAUAGAUUUAUCGUCAUUCAUGUUAAUGUGGGUACAACCAUCGAGAACAUAAUUUCAUAUGGACUUUUAACGAUGAAGGAUGCACAAUGGAGGGAUCACUGACUCAUUUGGAGGCGUUGGGAUUUUAGUCAACCUUUAGAUGAGAAGAAUAAUAAAAAAAAUUGGAUUUGUCAUUUCGUUUUAAGAUCGUUUUAAUUGUUAGAAUUUGUUUGUUAUUUCUUUAGUUAGGUUGUAACAAUAUAUAAUUUUCAAUGUCUAAUUCUUUCAUCCAUUGAUACAGUCUUCUACCAGUAUGGACGGAAUUUAAUAUCCAAUUUAACGCAGCGUGUCCAUAUGGUAAUAAAAUAGGGUUGUUUUAUUCGUAGGCUAUUUUAAUUUUAUCCAUAUGUUUAUGGAAUCGUUGUCCUUGUUCUCCUUCAAGAAUAACAUUAUGCUUAUCUGUUAUAUCUAUGAUUUUGUAUGGGCCGUGAUAUCGUUUUUCGAAUUUGUUAUUUCUUGGUUCUUUUCUUAUAUAAGCUAGGCUUCCUAUUUUUCCUUUAAAUUCAUUGCAACUUCUGUCAUAUUUCAUCUUAAAGCGUUCUUUUGCCUUCAUUAAAUUUUUUGCUGCUAUUAUUUUGAUUUCAUUUAAACGGGUUAUGCGUUCUCUUAAAUAGGUACCAUAGGUUACUAAUUCUUCGUUAGAAGGAAAAGCUGUUGGGAUUCUUGCUACUUUUCCAAAGAUUAUUUCGUAAGGAGUAAAAUUUGUGGCUUCGUGGACAGACGUAUUAUAGAAGAACAUAGCGAAGGGGACAAGUCCGUCCCAACCCUUACGGAAAAAAAUGUCAUAAAAAAUGACACUCAUGAGUGUCGUAUUUUGAGUGUGCUUAUUUCGCUACCACACUCAAAAAAUGACACUCUUUACGUAGUUCGCUCAAGGCUCUGUGGGAGGUGUUGUUUCAAACUCUCUCGCAACUAACACGAAACUUGAAAAGUAUAUAAGGAGGCAGCAUUCUUACGAAUAUUCGCGGAAUUUUAUUCUGUUCGUUAUCUUUCCUGUUUUUGCACUGGAUGCAAAUAAUUUUAAUUUGUUAAAUCAGCCAUAUUAUUAUCAUUGAUUAGAAUUAGAAUUUUUCAAGCGAUGUUUAUCAAGUACCAUUUUCCAUGUCGUUUUUUGUGUGUCAUUUUUUCAGUGUGGUAGCGAAAUAACCACAUUCAAAAUACGACACUCAUGAGUGUCAUUUUUUUCCGUAAGGGAAUCGUCAUAACGUUUUGCGUAAUGCUUUAUAAAAUCUAUUAAGACUUUGUGGCUGCGUUCUAGUGAUCCAUUAGUUUGAGGUCGAUAUCCUGAUUUUGUUAGUUGUUUUACUCCGAAUAUUGGAGUCGUUGGCUGAUUUUAUUUUGAAUGUUAUCGCUUGACGAACGUUUUCAAAUAAAAUAAAGCUUUUGACUAAAAUUUUACAUCGAGCUGCCUCAGGGUGUUCUGAGUAGUCGAGCUGUUUGAUUUCGUCAAAUGAGUUUUAUUUAAUUUGUUUAACUACUAACAACGAAAAUCAGAACUCGGAUUCAGGAGACAAACUUUGGCAUCUGCCUGAUGGGACACUGUCUAAACUUAGUUUAAAUACAAUUGACUUGAACUGCCUAAAAGAAGUGACAAAAUUAGGUGUGGUCCAAGGGUUUUUAUAAACAGCUUCUAGUACUAUAUAUAUGUUAUUGGGAUCUUCUUAGAAAAUUGCAUAGUACAUGGCAACGUUGUAAUGCAUAAGAAUAUGCGCACGCAUUCUGUUACAAAGAAGUAGGGGAGUUCUCUGAAGAAUUGCCACAAUUGAAAAGCAGAAUACAAUGAUUCGUACACUCAUUGACAUGAUGCCCCCUGAAAGACUGCAAUUUUUAAAUUCCAAUCAAUCUUUGCCCCUCCCUAGCGCAACGAGACAAGUCACAUCGAAUACAUCUCUGCCAUUGCCCGGACAGAGAGAACAAGUAAAUGCCCCCAAACCAAAUUCGAUACUACAACAAUACUUAAGAACGCUUAAGAAAACGGAUGUAGAUGUAGAAAAAGAUUCUCUGAAGUUCUCUGAAGACUCUCAUAGAUGAGAUCAUCAGUCAAUAACAGAAUUGAUAAUAAUAAUAAUAAUAUAAUAAUAAUAUAACUGAUAUAUAAAUAAUAAUGUUUUUAGUUAGUGUCAAUACUCAUUCUUUAGCAAUAAUAUGUGUUUACAUAUAUAUGUAACUAGAAACUCAUUAGCUUAGAUAACGUAAAAAAAAUGGUACAAUUUUAAGAUGUAAUUUGAAUCUUUUUGUCUCCUAUACUUCCGUUUUGACAAGUGCACUCCGCGGCACGCGUGAGGUCAUUGUUUUCGUUCUCGAGAAUAUUCCUUUGGGAAAAAGGCCUAUACCUAAUACGUAUAUUAACGAGAUGUUAUAUAACAUAUAUGGUAAUUGUUAACUAUAAAAUAAUCUAUUAAAUGUUUUGAUUAUUUUAUAUUAAUAAAUAAAAAAAAAUGUUUAGUGCAAACGUAACAACGUACACAAUUAGAAACAAUUACUGGCCAAUAGAUCAUUAUGUUUUUCAAAACAAAAAAUGAAAUUUACAAAACUACGUCAAUUAUAUAAUUGUAACCCUGAAAUUUUACUAAAGCAUAGUAAAGAAAAUUUAGAAAAAUCCAAUUCUAUCUAUUUGGAACCAAAAGGGUACUAUCUAUCUCACACAGAGUACAUCCUUAAAUCCAAGUAAACCAAAUUACAAUCUUUGCAAUACUCAUUGAUGAAUUAAGCAAAAAUGUAAGUUUAUUAAUAAAUUCCAUUAAAGACGGAAAACACGGAAUAGUACAACCUCAAAUCUUAACACCCAUUAAUUUAGGAGGAUGUUGACACAGAUUUAUCAAUCAACAUGUGAUUAAUUUUAUUAUGAUCAUUUUUAUAAUAGGAAAAUUAAACAAAAAUAUACUAUUUAAAUAACUGGCGCUUAUUUUUAUAGAAGAAAAUUGCAUUUUUUACGUCCACGGCACUAAUAUUGAUAAACUGUUUUUAACUCCAUAGUACUAUUUUUCAUAGCGUAGAGUUAAUAAAAAUCUCUCAUAACAUUUAUUUAAUUCUUUGUGAUCUAAAGUUAAAAUUACUAAAUGAGUAAUCUGCCUUUUUUUAUUGAUUAAAACAAGUAAAUGAGUAUAUUUUGCCUGUUAAAGAAACAGGUUCAAUCCUUAACAUUACAUGCAGUGAAUGAACACAUAGAUGAUCAUUAACCAUCAAAAUGUUAUUAUGAUUGCAAAAAUCAUGAAAUCAAUAAAGUAAAAAAAAUCAAUUUAUGAGUUUGAGAUUCUUAAUUAAAAAUAAUCAAUCUAAUAAAAGGAAAAAUGACUUCCGUUACAUAUGGCGCCCAUUUUUUCAAGAUAACUUGAUUUAUGGUAAAAUUAGAAAGUGUCAGAGAUUGCAUAAAUCAUUAGCACACUUAAUUACAUCUUCUGAAAUAAACUUCAUAAAGAAGAUUAUCUUUGAUAAAAAUAUGUUAGUCCGAAGACUAGAAUUUAGAUAUGACAAUAAUUUUCAUUUCUAUCAUAAAAUAGAAAUUUCUCAACCCUUGAAAACUUGCACUGUCUCUUACUAUUUUUUUAAUGAAAUAUUUCGUUCAGUUUGUCAUGGAUCUGGCAAACGCAAAGUUUCUCGCUAAAAUAAAAUUUAAAAAAACGUACAAAAAUUAUUAUAUGAAUUAUGCAGAGCGAAAGUAAUGACUAGAGAAGCUUUAAAUGUGUGUUCUUUAAAAAAAGCGAGCUAAAUCUAUUAAAAAAAAUCUAAAAUAAAAACAUAGUUUACAUUUCAGUCUUCGCUAUCUUAUUUCCUUGUUGGGUAUUUAUUUUUUUACACAAAAAAAUUUCAAUACACCUGGAUAGUGAAAAAAUUGAAAAAACCUUUAUCUAUUUUGUAAAUUGAAAUAUUAGAACUUUUUUUUCUUCUAAG